AAAUGUCUGUGUUCUUAAAGAGCCCAGACCCAAGGGUGACCUUGCAGUCCCAAGCCAACCUCUGACCCCUGGAGGACACCAGGGCCUCCUGUCCUGUCUUGUCCCAGCCCAGCCGGGAUUCGACACCCCUCCUUCUCUGGACAGAGAGGUAUUGCUUGGUGGGGAAAUGGGAGUCUGGAAACAGGAGGUGCCACAGACCUGCGGGAAGACGCCGAAGUCCUUGGGGGAACUAGAGCUGGUUCUACUUGUACCCAAGUGUCCCUACUGUGACCAGCCGGAAGGGGCCAGCCACUCGUGUUGCAGUCGUGCUGAAUCGUCCCGUCGGGGGCCCUGGGGCGAGGGUGGUGGAUUAUCUGGUUGGGAGGGCUGGGGCGGGGUCUGCAAGCCGUGUCCAAUCAGGGUCCGCGGUCUCGGAGCACCGUCCAAUCAGAACCGCGGGCGGGCUCCCAGCCGUGUGGGCUGGGCUCUGAGACCGCCAGAGGCGCUAGUGUGCACCUGCCCGGUGCGGCUGCAGGUGUCUGGGUCGGCGUCGCGCUCACCUGCCUGGGCCAUGGAGCCACGGGGAGGACGCCAGGAGAGCCUGCAGCGAGGCCGCGAGAUGGACUCAGUGGUCUUUGAGGAUGUGGUUGUGGACUUCACCCAAGAGGAGUGGGCCCUGCUGAAACCUGCUCAGAAAAAGCUCUACAAAGAUGUGAUGCUAGAAACCUUCAGGAACCUGGUCACAGUAGAUGAUGAGAAUCAACUUAGAACCAAUGGGUCCACUUCUCAGCAGGUUAUUUUUGGAGAAAAAUUAUCCAAUGAGCAGAAAAUAGCAAGGUUCACAAAAAAUGAUUCCUGGACCUCCCUUUUUGGAGAAAAUUGGGAAGACCAGUGCAUUGAAGAUAAGCACAACAACCAGGGGAGACAUUUGAGCAGAAAUCAUAUGGUGGGGAGACUCUGUGACAGUAGCAAAGGUAAUACAUGUGGAGAAACCACCAACCAUAUUCCAAGUCUUAAGCUGAACCAGAAAACGCCUACUGGAGUAAAACUGUAUGAGUGCAUUCAGUGUGGAAAAGUCUUCAGGCAUCGUUCAUCCCUUAAGAGGCACAAAAGAAGUCAUACUGGACGCAAACUAUAUCAGUGUGAGGAAUGUGGGAAAGUGUUCAGUUGUUCUUCCUACCUAAGGAAUCAUGUGAAAACUCACAGUGGAGAGAAACCCUAUGCCUGUAAACUUUGUGGGAAAACAUUUAUUCGUUCCCACUCCCUCACUGGACAUAUAAGGAGUCACACUGGAGAGAAACCCUAUGAAUGUAAGGAAUGUGGGAAAGCCUUCAGUUGCCCCAAAUCCUUCCGCGUACAUGUGAUGAUGCACAAUGGCGGGAAGCCCUAUGAAUGUAAGCAGUGUGGGAAAGGCUUUAGCUGUCCCAAAUCCUUUCGAGUACAUACGAUAAUGCACACUGGAGAGAAACCCUAUGAAUGUAAGCAGUGUGGGAAAGCCUACUGUUGGCUCACAUCCUUUCAGAGACAUGUGAGAAUUCACAAUGGAGAGAAACCCUAUAAAUGUGAAAAAUGUGGGAAAGCGUUUGGUUGGCCCUCAUCCCUACACAAACAUGUCCGAAUGCACACUGGAGAGAAACGUGUAAACAUAAGCGACGUGGGAAGGCCUUCAGUUGGCCCUCAUCCUUCCAAAAAUGUAAGGACGCACACUGAAGAGAAACGCUAUGAGUGUGAAAAAUGUGGGGAAGCAUUUGGUUGGUCCUCAUCCUUACACAAACAUGACAGAAAGCACACUGGUGAGAAACCCAUAAAUGCAAGCAAUGUGGGAAAGCUUUCAGUCAUCCUUCCAAAAAUGUAAGAAUGCAGACUAGAGAAAAACCCUUUAAGUGUGAAAAAUAUGGGAAAGCCUUCAGUUGGUCCCAAUCCUUCUAAAACCAUAAGGAUAAAGACUAGAGAGAAACCUCAGACGUGUGAAAAAUGUGGGAAAACUUUCAGUUGUCUCAAAGCGUUUCGUAGUCAUGUGAGAACUCACAGUCAAAAGAA